AUGACAUAUAACAAACUUCAUCUACUUGUCUUGCCUGAACUUUUAACCGAAAUUUUCUCAUAUCUUACUGAAGACAAAGCACUAUUCCCAACCUUAUUCGUUAACCGGUUCUGGUAUUUAUACUCCGCUCCAGUAUUAUGGAGAAAGGCUGAUUUUAUCGGUAGGCUAAACAAUGUCUCUAAUGAUGAGCUAUAUGGAAUUGCUAGAUCCUGUCCCAAUUUACGUCAUCUAAAAAUCAAAUGGUGUUGUGGUUUAUCUGAUAGAGUUAUUAGUAAGAUUACGCAAAUUUGUCUUCUGGAAUCUCUCAGUAUUUCGUGUAAUAGUAAAGGUAUAAAACGAUUUAGCAAAUUAAAUAAUAUGAAGGAUACAACUUUAUUUGCUCAAUCAUGUAUUAAUUUGCGUUACCUGAAAUUGGGAUAUAGUAAACACAUUACUGAUAUAUCUAUAAUCAAGAUUGCACAAAACUGCCCAUACUUAGAAUAUCUUGGUUUACAGACAAGUAAUAUUACCGAUGCAUCAUUAAAACAGAUUGCCGAAUCGUGUCCAAAACUUCUUAUUCUAAGUUUAGUCGGAUGCCAAAAAAUAACAGAUGGGGGUAUAUGUGCAAUUUCUUCAGCUUGUUCAAAUAUGCAAUUAUAUACCUUAGAGGACUGUGAAGGGAUUACUGAUAUAUCGGUUAAAAAAAUCGCACAAUCAAAUCUGAACCUUAAAUAUCUCAAUCUUGUUUGGUGUUACCUUAUAUCUGAUGAGUCCAUUUGUGAGAUAGCACGACUCUGCCCUAAGCUCGAAGGUCUUCAACUCGAAUCUUGUGAUAUUACUGAUACGUCUAUUUAUGCAAUAGCACAUUCGUGUCAUAAUUUGCGGGGUCUUAAUAUUAAAGAUUGUCAUUAUCUCUCUGAUGUUACCAUUAAUACUUUAAUAAGCAGAAAAUCCAAUAUCAUUAUUCCUGGCUGGAAUCCGGCAGAUAUAAAUAGUGGGUCGGAUACAGAUGUGAAUAGUGAGUCAGGUAUAUCAUUAUAG